GACCCCGCGGGGCGGGGCGGGGCGGGUCCAUCCGGGGGCAAAUGGCGGCGCUUCCGCUGCGUGCGGUGGGUGGUGGGAGCGGGUCGGGACCCGCCGGGCUGGGGCCGCAGGAUGAACUACAUGCCGGGCACCGCCAGCCUCAUCCAGGACAUCGACAAAAAACAUUUGGUCCUCCUUCGAGAUGGUAGAACGCUGAUAGGAUAUUUACGAAGCAUCGAUCAGUUUGCAAACUUGGUAUUACACCAGACGGUGGAGCGCAUUCACGUGGGCAAAAAAUAUGGUGACAUCCCUCGAGGCAUCUUUGUCGUGCGAGGCGAGAACGUUGUCCUGCUGGGGGAAAUAGACCUGGAGAAGGAGAGUGACACGCCUUUGCAGCAGGUGUCGAUCGAGGAGAUCCUGGAGGAACAGCGAGUGGAACAGCAAGCCAAGCAGGAAUCGGAGAAGCUGAAAGUGCAGGCACUUAAGGAGCGGGGUCUUUCAAUCCCACGGGCAGACACUCUAGAUGAGUAUUAGAUGUUCUGCCCAUUGGACAAUUUGCUCUGUCCAAGCAAGCAGAGCGCUUUGCAUUUAGACCACACUUGGCUAGAGGGUGUGUAGGUCUGUUUGAAAGGCUGUUUUUUGUUUGGUUGGUUUUUUUAAUUUUGGGCUUAUGUUUUUCAUGGCACAGAUACACUAUUAAAAUCAUGUUAUUGUUUUCACAAAAUCAUUGUUUAUGAAGAAUGAAGGUGUCUGACUAGCCUUUAACAUACCCACAUGUGAUGGUGCAGUUUAAAGUGUGUGUGCAUGGAGAGAAACCUUUUUUUUUUUUCUUUUUCUUUUUUUUCCCCCUUCAAGUGAUUUUUGGGGAAACUGCUCCUCAACAUGUAAAUAAAACCUGGAUCCGGACAAUGUAAUCAAUAGUGACCUGUACUGGAAUCUGCUUUUCUUGGGCUGUAUCUAUAUGGAACAAACAGAACAUGGUGCUGAUCACAAACGGGAUCUUACGCCCCCACCACUCCCUUCUGACCUAGAGGGUUUCUCGUGUCAAAGUCCAGGGAGGGCUGAGGAACCAAUGCAAAUUGGAGCAUGUUUCCUUCUGGCUUAGUGGAGGGGGUGGGAGUGGGGCACUUCCUGGUUAUCAGCAGAAAGCUGGAACCUGUCUGUCUCUGACUGGGCCUUGCAAGUAUGAACCAUCCCUUCGUCAUUAAAUCAGGCUCUGUAACAGACAAGACAAGGCAUCCACUAGCUCUCUCCAUUAGCUCCCUCUAACCUGGCUCUGUGCGGUCCACCCUACUUCUUUCCUUUUAACAAGAAACUGGAACAGGAUUUGCUACAUGAUACACACCUACUGUUCCUGUGCUGAACUACUCAGUUUUGCCCAGAGCAGGCACUAGAAUGGGCUUGCAAUGGCAGAGAGGACACCUGUCUUAAUGCUGAAUUGGCCAGAAUGCUCUUAGAUAUCUCAGGCUGUAUCACUCAGCAUGUCAGUGAUGUUACAAGACCUCAUCCAUUCUGCAGUGAAUGGUAAUUUGUCAGCAAGAGUAAGGUUUUGCUGGGGGCAGCUUGUAAAGCUCUUCACUUGAUCUCCACAAAGGUAAAACCGGCUUCUGGUGCAGUGAAAUGAUCAGUUAUUGCCUCCCCCUUGAGCUGCUUCUCAGAGGCUUAUGUGCUGUUCCUCUGGAGGGGCGUUAGAGCCGGAAGACUUAUUUUAUUCAUGGAGGUAAAUAUGUGAUGCAAACUGAUUCUCAUCCCCUUCACUGGGAACUGUAUAGGCACUAUGCACAGAGCUUCCUGUGAGAGGACUUCAUGGUAUUGUGUUAAAAUCAGUCUGGCCGUGAGAGUUACUGUAAUUGCUGCUUUGUACCCCUCUCCUAGUGCUUGUGCUAGAACAAUCCAGCAGCA